UCCCCACAGCGCCGUUUACUGGCGCGGUGGAGUAAUUGCAGAGAGCCACUUGACAAAAAUGCCUUUCGAGUGCACCGGACACUAUUUUCUGACCAACAAAUCCGUAGAAUCAAGUUUCCAGUGUUUAUUUUAUUUCUUUCCAGUGCAGUCCGACCCCCUGAGUUGUAUUUUAUUGAACUUGUCUUCUUUUAUUUUGCGGUGAGAUGAGCCACGUUGAUUUUGGACGACGUGCGAUAGGCGCAUCGUGUUCGUUCUCCUGUCGCAAAUUGUCUCGAGGGCGUUGAACUCCCAGCACCUUGGAAAGGUUUCAGGUGACGUCAUGAGAAGAGUUCAACUAAUCCCCGAGGCGCCUGCCUCCUGCUCGCUAAUCUGAUUUGCAAGUGUGCGUGCAAGUGUGCGUGUGUGCGCGAUGCCCGUGUUUUAUUCGCCGGUUCCCCACAACGUCGGUAACGUCGGCGUGGGCCCGGCCUACGCCGGAACUUCGCACGUCGACAAAGACCGGCGUGACCUCUCACCCUCGCCUUCAGUUUCACGUUCAGCCUCGGCGUGCGGCGGGCUGCCCUGCGACGUGGCUCUGCACAUGUUGAUCUACUUCAACAUGUUUUAUUUGCCCUGCUGGUGGUUUUCGUCCGUCUGCAUGCUACAAGUUAAGUUUGCGUACCUUCCGGGAUACUAUCAGGGUCUGCUAAUCAGCGGGAUCGCCCUGGUAACCAUCGUGGAAAUCGUCCGCCUUUACCUUGGCUACUUUGGGAAUCUGCACGAGAACGUUGCGUGGCUGUGCUGCUUCUGCGUGCUGACGGUGUCGUUCCAGCUGCCGGUGCUGCUCUUCUUUGUGACCGACGAGGGCGUGCUCAUCUUGCCGCUGGAGCGCGCCGUCCACUUGCUGCUGCUGGCCGCCGCGCUGGCCCAGAUUGCGGCCGCCGCGCUGGCGCUGCGCAUCAUGACCAGGAAGCUGACGCUGCUCUUCCACCUGCGCCAAAUAGCCAAGGUGGACAGCUUCGGACACGCCGCCAGCGCCGGCGCGCCCGCCCUCGGCCUCGGCCUGGCGUACCGACGGGUUACAGUUAAUUAGUGAGUCGUUGCCUCCACUUUGGAACAUUUUUUGGACGCCCCUUUUCUCUCAUUCAUAUCAACAUCACUCUUGUACUGAGCACUUCCGACCACCAGAGGGCAGUCAGGGACUAGAAAUAAUCCCGAACAGCUGCAUCAUGAGCGACAAAGCUUGCUUAUUUUUACACUUGAACUAGGGUAAGGAAUGUCACUCCAAACAUGGCCUGCAAGAUUUAAUGAUGGCCAAAAAUUGACACUGGCACGGAUUAAUUGUAUGUCCCUUUUUUUUUGUAACUGUUUUGAUCACUUUUAGUCUUUUUUUUUUGGUCAGAAUGUUGCAAGAACAAA